GAUUCUUUUAUUACAUAAGUGCUUUAUAAAUAAUUGUGUAUAGCUACAUAAUCUUAUAAUAUCAUAUAUGUAUAUUGCUGCAAAAUUACAAUUCCUUUUGUACAAUCAUCAUAUCUCUGUGGAUAAUCAAACUUGGACGAUUAAACAUUUACGGUUUUAAAUAAAAAUCUUAUCUUAUCGAGUUCUAAAUACAUGUAUCCAUACGAGACAUGUAUAAAACAUCAAGACAAUAAUAAAUCAUAAAAUUAUUAUAAAAGUACUGUACUUAAUUUUUAUCACUGUCACACUCUUUUAUAAUUAAUAACUUUUAAAUUUAACUUUUAAUCAGAGAUUACACGAGCUUCCGUAAGAUAAUUUGGCUCGUAUAUUUUUACAUUUUCAUUUAAACUCGAACUUCAAACUUAAAUCGCGAGAAUCGCGAUUCCUCGUUAAUCAAAUCUAUCUUGAACGUUCUCCCUCUCCAUCCCGUAGCCCGACCCUCCCCUCUCUUCCCUUUACCGAGGAAGUUACACACGCAAGCGGUGCCGACGUGCCGUUUCAUCCGCAGCAAGGCGACAAGGCACGAUCGAGUGUGUCCUUCGCACGCGGUGUCGCGCGCCGUGACUUGUGGAUUUUUCGUUCUCCUCGAUGUGAGUGGAGUGUCCGUCCGAACCGAACCGACUGAGAUUAUGGCGAGCUGCAGGCUGUUCGGCGCUCUCGCGCGCUGCACCCGCGCCAGCGCGAAUUUCACUUCGAAAUGCACAGGUUUGCAACAGUCAACAAGAGCACUAGCAACCGAAGCAAAUAGAAAAUACUUUAAAUACAAAACUGUUGGCGAUGUAGCAGUCAUCACUAUAGAUGCACCAAAUGCCAAAGUAAACACCUUAAAUAAGGAACUAAUGGCGGAGAUAGAAGUAUUACUGAAAGAAAUUCAAUCAAAUUCUCUUGUAAAUUCAGCAGUUAUUAUUAGUGGAAAACCAGACAAUUUCAUAGUCGGUGCUGACAUUACUAUGUUACAAGCUCUUCCAGAUGCAGAAGCUGGUUAUCGAUUAACAAAGGAGGGUCAUAGAAUUAUGGAUUUGAUAGCUAACAGUACUAAACCUAUUAUUGCUGCUAUUAACGGUCCAUGUCUCGGUGGAGGAUUAGAAGUCGCAUUAGCGUGCCACUACAGACUCGCUGUUAACAACAAGCAAACCAAUUUAGGAUUGCCAGAAGUAAGGCUCGGGCUCCUUCCCGGUAGCGGUGGUACUCAGCGCCUGCCUCAACUGGUCUCCCUUGCCACUGCUCUGGAUAUGGUACUCACUGGUAAAAAUCUUAAACCCGACAGAGCGAAGAAAGCUGGGCUAGUGGAUAUCGUGGUGAACCGUCUUGGACCGGGAGUUGAAUUGCCCGAAGAAAAUACAUUAAGAUACCUAGAAGAAACUGCAAUAAAAACAGCGCAGGAUCUCGCGAGCGGAAAGUUAAAGAUCCAACGCGGUCCAAAAACUCUCAUGGACAAGAUAACGCAACAGAUUUUAUCCAUCAACUUUGUCAAGGAUCAGGUGUUCAAGAAAGCGAAAGCCCAGGUAAUGAAAAUGACGAACGGUUUGUAUCCAGCUCCGCUUAAAAUUCUGGAGGUGGUGAGAGUCGGUCUGGACAAGGGUCCCGUGGCUGGAUUUGACGCUGAGGCCAGAGGUUUUGGUCAAUUGGCGGUUACACCAGAGUGUAAAGGUCUUACCAGUUUGUUCUUCGGCCAGACAGCGUGCAAGAAAAAUCGUUUUGGUCCGCCCAAGAGUGCAGUCAAAAAAAUUGCUGUACUUGGUGCUGGUUUGAUGGGCGCGGGCAUCAUCCAGGUCAGUAUUGACAAAGGCUUCAAUGUUGUUAUGAAGGAUACGAACGAGACCGGACUGUAUCGUGGCAUAAAUCAGAUUCAGAAGGGCCUGGACAACGCUGUGAAACGUAAACGGAUCUCCGGUAUUGAAAGGGAUAAAAUUUUGUCCCAUCUUGAUGCGACAUUAAAAUACGACUCCUUCAAGGACGCAGACAUAGUAAUCGAGGCCGUUUUCGAAGACAUCGCCAUUAAACACAAAGUCCUCAAGGAGAUUGAAUCCGUAGUGCCGAGUCACUGCGUUAUCGCGACCAACACAUCCGCUAUUCCCAUCACAAAAAUCGCUGCUGGCAGCAGCCGCCCUGACAAAUUAAUUGGUAUGCACUACUUCUCUCCUGUCGAUAAAAUGGACUUGUUAGAAAUUAUAACGCACAAAGGAACAUCCGAAGAGACAAUCAGGACCGCUGUAGACGUUGGUUUAAAACAGGGCAAGACUGUUAUUACAGUCGGCGAUUGUCCUGGAUUUUAUACCACAAGAAUACUUUCUUGCAUGUUGUCGGAAGCGAUUAGGCUAUUACAGGAAGGCGUGGAUCCAGCGCAGCUGGAUAAACUAUCAAAAAAAUUCGGCUUCCCUGUCGGUCCAGCCACUUUAUCCGACGAGGUCGGCAUUGAUGUCGGUGCUCAUAUUAGUGUUGAUCUCGCGAAAGCUUAUGGCGAGCGCUUUAUGGGAGCGAACCCAAAUAUUCUUAGCGAUAUGGUUAAGGCUGGUUUUCUCGGACGCAAAUCUGGUAAAGGUAUAUUUGUAUACGAAACCGGCUCCAAGAACAGAGAUGUAAAUCUUGGCGCGUUGGACAUUCUGAAAAAUUAUAAGCUUGAACCUAAGGGUAGCACAUCCGAUGAGGACCGUCAGAUGAGAAUGGUCUCGCGAUUCGUUAAUGAAGCAGUUCUGUGCUUAGAAGAAAAUAUUUUAGCUAAUCCCUUGGAAGGCGAUAUUGGAGCUGUGUUCGGCUUGGGCUUUCCACCAUUCACGGGUGGUCCAUUCCGUUGGGUCGAUUCAUACGGCGCCCAUCGACUUGUUAAAAAGAUGGAGGAGUUCCAAAGUCACUAUGGCGAAGCUUUCAAGCCAUGCCAAUUAUUGCUCGAUAUGGCAAAUGAUUCUACACGAAAAUUCCAUUCAAAAUAAAAAUUUCAUAGAAAUCCAUUAUCGGUAUAUCUUUAUGUUGAUUAAUGUUCAUCCAAGAGCUGUAUUACAUUUGUUCGCUUCAGGCUCAGAAAGAAAGCAAGCAUGUUGAAAGGUGCGAAGAUUAAUCCUUUGCUAUCUUGCAACUCAAUUUGGAAUUUACAUUUGUUAUAUCUCGUGUGUGCUAAUUCGUUGGGAGAUUAUUCCGAAAGUUGGAAAAAUAUUUACCAUCUUCCAAUCAUUAAAAAGCACUUGAACAUCUUUUUAGCUAUUGUGAUAAAAUAAACAACCAAUGCAAAUUUGUAUUUUUAAACGUAGGACUGCGCACUAUAUUUUUGUAAACGCAAUUGAGUCUUUUAGAUUAGUCAGUUACUGUUAAUUUCCGUUGAAAUGCAUAUUUGUUAACGAAUUCUUUUCAUCAGAAUGAUAAUAUAGAUAAUGUACAUAAUCUGUUAGUUACAAAUUAUAAAGCACAAUUUUUUAAGCUAUAUAAGAAAUUUUCAGAAAUACUAAUAAUUUAAAAUUUUCGUCGAAUUUCACAUUCAUGUGUACAGUCCUAAAGUUAUAUUAAUUUCUUUAUAAUGUUAUUUUUGAUUAAUGUUUUGAUGAAGAAAGUACAUUAUCAGAAUAAAGACAUUAAAGAAAAAAAAUACAGCUUUGAAUGUACUUAGCACAACAUUGUUCACACGAGAUUUAUUUUACAACGUGCGCGAUUCCAUAUGUGCAGGUCAAAUGAAAGGGGCUAUAAUGCGUGUCACGCAUAAUGCGCCGAGACUAUCGCGAUUUCUAAAAUAGUAUAUAUUUUUGGACUUUGUAUUUACACGUCCCACGCCCAUCGACUUUUUGAGAAGGCAUUGUAGAUAGAUUCGUGCAUUUAUUAAUUUCGAGAAUUUUAUAUGCCAUACAAAUAUUUGAUACCUUUACAGAUAUCUUUACAACAUUGUAAAUUAAGCGAAGCCGUAAUAUUGUAUAUCUAUUUUUGCAAAAUUUAUUAGAAAUAAAAGAGUUUGUAUAUUGAACCUA